CGCCAAAACAGCAUCCACCAUCGACUGCUCUGCACUGAUGUCGAGGGCCAACUCUGCCGGCACACGCCGGGUCGUGAGCUCGCGUGGCAGCAGCGCCACCGCCCGCAGCCAGCCAAACAUGAUGACCGUUCUCUCAGGAGGCAACGAAGGUGGCAUGCCACAGGUAUCGCAUGCACCACCUCGCCCAUCGUCUUCACGACCGAGCACCACAGGAACCGGCCGCAGCAGAACCACGAGGCAGUCCGUGCCGGAGGGUGGCCUGACGCAGUUGUCGGGACCGCCCAUGGCUGAACGACAGCCUGAGGCGCAAUCCGCCGAAGAUCGAGCUCUGGCUCGUGCCAUGGACAAAAUACAGCGCCUUGAUGUGAAGCUGCACGAAAUUCUUGCGCGUGAAAGAGAUGUGAAGCGACGCGGCAGAACGGAUGGUGAUGACAACGAUGGCGAAGCGUCUGAGGACGAUGGUAGCGACGGUGACGAUGGCGGUGUUGGGUUUUUCACAACACAGCCACCAGAGAGCGUUGGGGGCAGCGGAAGUGAGAAUGAGGAUCAUGACGGCAAUGAUACCGGCGAUGCUCCCAAGCAAAAAGGGAAACGGAAAGGAAAGCGUGGCGGUGCGGAAGGCAAGGGAGCAUCGGGCGACAAAUUGAAACAAAAGCAGCAAGACAAGAUCCAACGCAACAUCAAGCUGGCGGCGGACGGCAAAGCCGGUGUGCUGGCCAUGACGCCCGAGGAGAAGGAGCGACUUAACGAAUUGCUGGCAGACAUUGAUUCCAUUGACGAGUCUGUUUCAGAACUGGAAGAAACAUCCGUGCGCCAGGCGCCCAACCCAUACCGGUUGGACGAAGCCGUGCAGCAGCUCGCAGACAUUGACAGACGACUGGAAGUGAUGACACGCGGCCGCCAGAGUAUUGCAUCCUCCGUGCGGACAUCGAAUGUUCCAUCUGAGCUUGGGUCUCUCUUUGCCGGACAUUCCAAAGUCAAGGAGGCCUUGCGAAAUGAAGACGACGAGGCGCGUGCAAGUUUAGCGGCGAUUGACAGCGAAAUCGAACGGCUUCGACAUCUCCCAGCAGAGGGCGAGGCAGUGGAUGAGCGCAUGCUGGAGAUGCUGAUGAUGGAAGCGCAGGCGGAGCAGGCGUACUAUGAUCAAGUGGACGCACACGCGCAGCAGCUGGACAACUACAGCAACGCUGGCCCAACUGCCGACAACCACGAUGAUGAGGAUGAUGGCAACGCGCCAGCACAAUAACGUUGUGGCAUGAGCUGUAUUGUCUGUGUGUGUGUGUGUGUGUGUUGCGUUUUGUUUUGAACGUGCGGUUUGUCCAUGCGUGCACUCGCUUCACUGCACAACGGUGUACAUACUUCCUGUUCCUGUACUCGUGUAUUCGCGGGGCGCGCUUCAACCAACCUCUCCACUGUAAUUCUGACAGCAGGUCUGCCCAUUUUCAUGACAUUCCCGUGUUGUGUUGUUUCGCGC